AGCAGCCUGCCUCUGCCCCACAUCGAGGUCCUACCGCAUCUGGUUUUCCUUUUCCCUGGCCGUGCGAUCGCUGUAACUUCAGGCCCACAAUGGAUGCCCUGCGACUGGCAAAUUCGGCUUUUGCAGUUGACCUCUUCAAACAACUGUGUGAAAAGGAGCCAGCGGGCAAUGUCCUCUUCUCUCCAAUCUGUCUCUCCACCUCUCUGUCACUUGUUCAAGUGGGCACCAAAGGUGACACAGCAAACGAAAUUGGACAGGUCCUGCAUUUUGAAAAUGUCAAAGAUGUGCCCUUUGGAUUUCAAACAGUAACAUCGGAUGUCAACAAACUUAGUUCCUUUUAUUCCCUGAAACUAAUCAAACGGCUCUAUGUAGACAAAUCUCUGAAUCUUUCCACAGAGUUCAUCAGGUCUACCAAGAGACCCUAUGCAAAUGAAACGGAAACUGUUGAUUUCAAAGAUAAAUUGGAAGAAACAAAAGGUCAGAUCAACAACUCAGUUAAGGAACUCACAGAUGGCCGCUUUGAGAACAUUUUAGCUGACAACAGUGUAACAGACCAGACCAAAAUCCUUGUGGUUAAUGCUGCCUACUUUGUUGGAAAGUGGAUGAAGAAAUUUCCUGAAUCAGAAACCAAAGAAUGUCCUUUCAGAAUCAGUAAGACGGACACCAAACCAGUGCAAAUGAUGCACCUGGAGGCCACGUUCUGUAUGGGCAACGUCGACGGUAUCAACUGUAAGCUCAUAGAGCUUCCCUUUCAAAACAAGCACCUCAGCAUGAUAAUCCUACUACCCAAGGAUGUGGAGCACGGGUCCACGGGCCUGGAACAGGUUGAAAAACAACUCAACUCAGAGACGCUAUUGCAGUGGACCAAUCCCAGCACCAUGGCCAAUGCUAAAGUCAAACUCUCCAUUCCAAAAUUUAAGGUGGAAAAGAUGAUUGAUCCCAAGGCUAGUCUGGAAAACCUAGGGCUGAAAAACAUCUUUAAUGAGAAUGCAUCUGAUUUCUCUGGAAUGUCAGAGACCAAGGGAGUGGCCCUCUCAAAUGUCAUUCACAGAGUGUGCUUAGAAAUAACUGAAGAAGGUGGGGAUUCCAUAGAGGUGCCAGGAUCACGAAUCCUGCAACACAAGGAUGAAUUCAAUGCUGACCACCCCUUUAUUUACAUCAUCAGGCACAACAAAACUCGAAACAUCAUUUUCUUUGGCAAGUUCUGUUCUCCUUAAGUGACAGAACCCAGGUUCCCAGGUUAAGUCCCACCCUACUUCUCUGUAAACUCUGCAACUGAGAAUCAUUUUCUAAAUACAAUAAAUUGUUAAUAGGAAGCUGCUGGUAUUCACACUAAUAGGCCUUUUUUCCAAU